ACGUGGCUCCUCCUCGCCCGCGGAGGCAGGAGGUGCCGCGGCGCCGCCCGGCUCUCACUCAGCCGAAACUUGAGCGCAGUGGUGGGCGCCGCCGCCAAGGAUGAGGAGGUGCGGCCGCUCCUGCAGGCCGCCGCCGUCGCUGCUGCUGCUGCUGCUCCUGCUGCUGCUCGCGGUGCCCGGCGCUGGCGCGGCCCGGCGCUCGGCGCUCUACUCGCCCUCCGACCCGCUGACGCUGCUGCAGGCGGACACGGUGCGCGGCGCCGUGCUGGACUCCCGGAGCGCCUGGGCCGUGGAGUUCUUCGCCUCCUGGUGCGGACACUGCAUAGCCUUCGCCCCGACGUGGAAGGCGCUGGCCAACGACGUCAAAGGUGAGAGGCCGGGGGCGGCCCGCGCCCCCCGUGCCCCGCCGCUUCCUGCCAACCCGGGCCGACCCCCUCCACCUGCUCCACUGAGCGCCCCUCCCUUCGGGAGCGCGCCCCCGCCGUCCUAUCGCCUCCGCCCGCCUCUGCCUCGCUGCCCGUCCCACGCCCCCCACUUUCACCUUCCUCCCUUGUCUUCUCUCUUGGCCCGCAUCCCGGGCUGCUCUCCCUCCCCGCGGCCUGGGCCCCCAGACUUACUCAGCGUGCCCUCUUCGUCCCCUGCUGGGUUACGGUCCCCAUCCCUGCAAGGCUGUGAGGGCUCUCAGCCACCACACGUCACUGACUCUCGCCUGUGUGUUUCCUUCCAGUUCUUUAAGGCCUUUGCUAAGAGUGGCUCAGGAGCAACGUUGCCAGUGGCAGGUGCUGAUGUGCAGACGCUGCGGGAGAGGCUCAUUGACGCCCUGGAGUCCCAUCGUGACACGUGGCCGCCAGCCUGUCCCCCCCUGGAGCCUGCCAAGCUGGCGGAUAUUGAUGGAUUCUUUGCAAGAAACAACGAAGAUUACCUGGCCCUGAUCUUUGAGAAGGAAGGCUCCUACCUGGGCAGAGAGGUGACUCUGGACCUGUCCCAGCACCAAGGCAUAGUGGUGCGCAGGGUCCUGAACACGGAGGACAACGUGGUGAGAAAGUUUGGUGUCACCGACUUCCCAUCUUGUUACCUGCUGUUUCGGAACGGAUCUGUCUCCCGAGUGUCCGUGGUGGUGGAAUCCAGGGCCUUCUACACCGAUUACCUGAAGAGGCUCGCUGGGCUCACCAGGGAGGCUGCCCGGACCACCGUUGCGCCCACCACUGCUAACAGCAUAGCUCCCACCGUUUGGAAACUCGCAGAUCGCUCUAAGAUCUACAUGGCUGACCUGGAAUCAGCGCUACACUACAUCCUGCGGGUAGAAGUGGGCAAGUUCUCAGUCCUGGAGGGACAGCGCCUGGUGGCCCUGAAAAAGUUCGUGGCAGUGCUGGCCAAGUACUUCCCUGGCUCGCCCUUAGUCCAGAACUUUCUGCACUCCGUGAACGAGUGGCUCAAGAGGCAGCAGAGAAAGAAAAUUCCCUACAGUUUGUUUAAAACUGCUCUGGACAACAGGAAGGAGGGUGCUGUUCUUGCGGAGAAGGUGAACUGGGUCGGCUGCCAAGGGAGUGAGCCGCAUUUCCGGGGCUUUCCCUGCUCCCUGUGGCUCCUCUUCCACCUCCUGACCGCGCAGGCAGCUCGGCACAAGGUGGACCAUCCACGGGAGAAAGCCCAGGCCCAAGAGGUCCUCCAAGCCAUCCGGGGCUACGUUCGCGCCUUCUUCGGCUGCCGAGACUGCGCGGGCCACUUCGAGCAGAUGGCCGCUGCCUCCAUGCACAAGGUGGGGAGUCUGGACGACGCCGUCCUCUGGUUCUGGUCUUCCCACAACAGGGUCAAUGCCCGCCUCGCAGGCGCCCCCAGCGAGGACCCCCAGUUCCCCAAGGUGCAGUGGCCGCCCCGCGAACUCUGCUCGGCCUGCCACAAUGAGCUGGCGGGGGUGCCUGUGUGGGACAUGGGCGCCACCCUCAGCUUCCUCAAGGCCCACUUCUCCCCAAGCAACAUCGUCCUGGACCCCCCUCCAGCUGGGCCGGCCCCCCGGAGUGGCACGCAGAAUCUGACAGCCACCCCAAAGCUGGCGCUGGGAAGCCUGGAGCUGGAGACUGGGAAUUCAACUCUGGGCCCUGAGAAGGCUGAGGUGGCCAAGUCCCCGGGAACCACCGUUCCAGAUGUUCCCACCGAGAGACCUGAAGCAAGUCGCACCCCGGAGCUUCAUGCCGGCUCAGACCAGGGGCCCCCCGAGCCCGCCACAGAGCUCCAGGGGGGUGACAAGCCGGGGCAGCCGCGUGUUCUGCGGCACCUGAGCAAGCGAGACUCAGGGGCCGCGUUGCUGGCUGAGCCGGGGGCCGAGAAGAACCGCCCCGGGGGCCCUGUAGGGCUGAGGAGAAUCGGCCGCAGCUCCAAGCAGCUGGCGGACGUCCCUGCCUGGGAGCUGGAGGCCCGAGCGCAGCAGGGCCGUGGCCGGUGGCUGCAGGUGCUGGGAGGGGGCUUUUCCCGCCUGGACGUCAGCCUCUGUGUGGGGCUCUACUCCCUUUCCUUCAUGGGCCUGCUGGCCUUGUACACCUACUUCCGAGCCAAAAUGAGGGCUCCGAAGGGCCCUGCUGGCCACCCUGCAGCCUGAACCACCCAGCUCGGGAGGGGCCAGAGCGGGAGCUGCCACCCGUGGGGCCCUUCCAGCCCCCGCCCCGCCCUCCCCUCCCACCCCCUGCUCCUGUCCAGCCUAGAGGGGUGGGAAACCCAGGACAACCAGUGGCUCCAGUGAACCUUCUUGGGUCUGUUGGGAAGGACAGUCCCAUAGACACAAACGACAGGAGCAGGGGCCAGAUUCAUUUGAUGGCACUGAGCAGGGUCGCCGCGGGCAGAGAGCUUAGGGAGCCUCAGCCACUGGCCUCUGGGCACCAAAUCCCAUUUUUCAGCUUAUUCGAAGUCCUGCCCCAUUCUCACUGGAGCCUCAAUCUCUCCUGCUUGGUCUUGGCCCUAAAUUGGGGCAAGUGAAGCCAAAAGAGGGUCCCCUGGGUGGGGUGGGCUGGAGUGGAACUCCUUACCACAUUCUAGGCCUCCGUCCACCCUCUUUCCUCCUGGACACCAAGAGGCCUUGGCACCAAAGAAGGACAGACCACCUCUGGCCCUCUGUGGCCUGCCCAGCCUCCAGCUACACAGAUCUCCCUGGUGGGAUUCGGCUGUGGGGGUGGGGGAGUCUGGAAGCUUCUGGGAAUCGUGCCGGUCUCCCAGGUGAGGCAGGCGAUAGCUGCUGGGCUGUGGGGUGAGUGGCUUGGCGGGACCUGGUGCAAGACCUGGCGAGGUGGCGCAGGGAAGGGUGUCGGGAUCUGCAGUGCCUUGGCUCUGGGCUCAGCCAUGAGAGGUAGAGGGAGGCCACAGGGAAGAGGUGGCCGCACUGAAUGUGCUCUGGCUUCUCCCCAUUGAGCUCUACCCUCUCUGAGCUGGGUCUUUUGUCUUUUUAUUUUGGUCUCCAAAGUAGAUGCGGA